GUCUACCGUUGCUAUCAUGUAUGGAAUGGAAAACUUUGGGUCUCUCUCAUCCCGGCUGUUCUGAUGGUAGUCAAUGCCGGUAUUUCGUACGCCGCCGUGGCUACGAUUCAGAUAGGAUCGAAUGAACUUUUCGCUACAAGCCACUCUGAUGAAGUUAAUGCCGGGGACGACCUCAAUUAUGUCUUUUUGGGCAUCAACGUCUUCAAUAACCUUCUUUUGACCGGCCUCAUAGCGGGGAGAAUCUGGUGGUUAAAUAGGAUUCACAGUCGACUGCUAGGGACUGAAGGGAGGGACAAGCGGCUGAAUGCAAUUGCCUCUAUGUUCGUUGAAUCUGGAACGUUAUAUCCAAUUGCUCUCAUUGUAUGUCUCAUUAUCCAAGGAAUUGUGCCUACGCUCAUCAUGGUUCGAACCUCGCUUGACCUUGGAGUAGAAAGCGGUACUCCUGCUCAUAGGGAUGAAGAAACCGAACUUGAGAACGAAUUCAGGCCGGCUCGU